UCUUUAAAAGAAGAAAAACACGAACAAGGACCGUUGCUCGGCAACCAGGCUCCGAAUGAAAACGUGUUUGAGCUAGCCAAAACCUCGGUCUCCAAACGUUUUUUUUUGUCAACGUUACCUUCUCAACAACAUUCCAGUGUCCUGCAAAACAGUGCAAACUGUGAGACUGUGAGUCCACUUGGGUCACGGGAUUAUCAAUUGGAAGGCGUCACAGUUCUGAGCACUUCCCGCAGCCAUGCCUCCUCCAGAGACAAUGUAUUGUUCCCAGCAAAUCAACAUUCCAAAAGGACUGCCAGACAUCCUCAAGAACUUCACAAAGGCAGCCAUCCGAACACAGCCCAAAGACCUGCUGGUGUGGUCUGCAGCAUAUUUCGAGGCACUUUCUAAAGGAGAGACUCUGCCCGUCAAGGAGAGACUGGAGCUACACGUCGACAGCCAGACUAAAGACGCAGCACUGACUCCAGGUCUGCUUAAAACUCUUCACAAACAGCUCUCCUCUGAAGAAACAUGCAGCAGAGAGGAGUUGCAGGAGAAAUGGAAGGCUCUAUGUCUGCCAAAGGAACAGCUGGACAACAUGUUGACCCUGGGGAAUUUUGACACCGACAUCUCCUGGUUGCAAUUUUUCACACUGGGCUGCAGUGCUUUGGGAGAUACCCUCAAGAGCUCCCUCAAGGUCGCCUGUGAGAUCCUGACCGAGGAUGAGGAAGGGGGUGCCGCGAGAAUCCCCUUUGAGAUAUUUAAGACGCUGUGCACCUACCUGGCUCACCUGGACCCUGAAAUGCAGCAGGAGAACAUUGACAGCUUUUUUACGGACAUGGAGCCACACGUCGAUCGACGGCGCGACGAAGGACUUCACCCUAUCACAGAUGCGGUUGGCGCCUAGCAUCGGCUAGCGCGUCUGCUAUCCAAGGAGAAGCAGCAGGGAAUGAUCAAACCUCUUGACUUCAUCCAUCGAGAGGACGCCCUGUGAGUCAUCUGCAUCUAAAGUUGAACAAAAUGUCAUUGUGAUGACUUGUGAGGAGGGUGUGUACAGUAAUACAGUAAUAGGCGGCCAUGCAUGCAGGCAUGUGAGCACCCUUUGGGGGAAAAAAACAAAAAAGAGGAAAACUGACGUAAAAAAAAAAUAGGAACAUUUCUAUCGGCACAAAGUGCUGCCACGCAAACCCCAAAAGAACAUUUUGAAAAUCAAGACUACAAUUCCUGCAAUUGUGUGCAUUUCUACACUAAAUUUUACCUUUAGAUUUAUUCUCAUCCACUAACCUCUUUUGGCUGUUUUUUGACACUUACUUGUCCCAUGUAAUGUACCACAUAAUUUUUUUUAGUAGAUCAUUUACUAGAGGGCAGCACGGUGGAACAGGGGUUAGUGCAUGUGCAUCACAAUACGAAGGUCCUGAGUAGUCCUGGGUUCGAGCCUGCGCUCGGGAUCUUUCUGUGUGGAGUUUGCAUGUUCUCCCCGUCACUGCGUGGGUUCCCUCCGGGUACUCCAGUUUCCUACCACCCCCAGAGACAUGCACCUGGGGAUGGGUUGAUUGGCAACACUAAAUUGGCCCGAGUGUGUGAAUGUGAGUGUGAAUGUUAUCUGUCUAUCUGUGUUGGCCCUGUGAUAAGGUGGCGACUUGUCCUUCCGCCCGAAUGCAGCUGAGAUGGGCUCCAGCAACCCCCGCGAUCCCAAAAAAGGGACAAGCGGUAGAAAAUGGAUGGAUGGAUUGAUCAUUUACUAACAUUAUUAUCAUUGAAAAUGUAAUGUAAAAUGAUAUAACAUGUAUGUAAAGAACUCAGAAAAAGUUCCACAUUUGGAAAGUCUAUCCUGUAGCCACGCCUCCUCAGGUAAUAUACUUCCGGUGUUGUGACCUCUGUUUACAUCCGUCAUGUCAAAAAUAUACUUUCUCGAUGGCUACUAAUAAAUACUCUAGAACUACAACUAGUUACGAACAUCAUCCAAAUAUAAUUAGCAGCUAAGUAGAAAGCCAUCAUUGUUGUGGCUCGGAGAGCAAACGCAGGCGACAACAAGUAAGCGAGCUAGAGGAUCUUAACUAUGCUAAUUAGUGAGCUUCUUUCGGCGCCCCUGAUUGUCUCCCUGUCCUGCAAUUUGGCGUUUAGACAAGAGGAACAGCGAGUACUUGCGGCUGAGGCGAGCGUGUUUUGUUCAGAUCCUAUUUUUUUGAUACUUCAUUAAAAAAACGUGGAAGUGAUAUUUUGAUGCGAUAAUUAAUGUUUAAAAACGCGGAAUUUCACGUUUUUGUGGACAUUUCACAUGCCUGUGCAUAGGAAAUACCUGCUGCUAUAUAUCUUACCAGUUUUAAAGACAAAUGUUUUGAAAGGAUGAAAUUGGGUUAACUAUGUGGAUGCUUACACCACUUGGGCUAGCAGCUGUAAGUGAAGCUUUGUAAGCCUUCUAAUCUCCUUCAAGAAACGAGGAUGUCAUCAUUUUUGCAGAUUAGAAUAUGCUCCGUUAAUCACUACAAUACAUCCAUACUCUAAAUAUAUUGUACAGUACAGUGAUUCCCCCCCGUUGCACAACUCUUUCCCCAUAGGAAAUCAUGUAAAUAGAAUUUUAAACCUUUUAAUAAAGGGUCUGUUUGCAACAUUAACACAGAUGCCUAGAGGGUGCCAGCUUUCCAAUGUAUUUUACACAGCGUAGCCCGCCCUCUUAUGGCUUCUUGUACACAAUAACGUUAUUAUAUCUGUACGUAAUACUUGCACGCGCAUUAAGUUUAGGUGAUUUUAGCUAAUAAUAGCAAUUUGGAUUGCUAGUGUUAGCAAUCAUUGAAUGUGGUAUCAUAACAACAACAUGACUGCAAAUUGUUUGUUGCUUCUCUGUUGCUUCUGUAUGUGUGCACGUGCUCCCUGCCCGAGACCGGCUGAGUGACAGCCGUGAACACCAAUCAUUUUAUUCGGGCGGUAAAAUUUUUUAUUACAUAAACUUAGUAUUUGUGAAAAAUAUAGACAAUUGUCAAACAAAUUUGGUGUUCUUGUUAUAUUUUUUGCUUUGAAAAAUGUUACUGUGAGAAAGUUGCAAACAGCACCUUUAAUUGUAAGGACUAUUUUAGAAACUGCAAAUAAAACUAAAAUAGAUUAAAUUACUCAUUAUUUGCAUGACGGUAUUUCCAUGCUAGUCACACUUCCAGCUACAUGCUAAUUUACGCUAGCAUCUGCUUGCUCAGUAAGAUUAAAUAUAUUUAUGUAUGCAGCUGUUAUUAAAGUAAAUGCACUGCUCAUUUUGUUACCGGCAAGACAGACCGUUUUGUCUCAGUAAGUUCUGUUUUCUGUUCUAUGGUUAUCAUUACUUGUAUGUUUUUGUGGAGACGUCACAAUAAUAAUCUUACUGACAGAUGGUUUGAACUUUUAUUUAUUGACAUUUCUGUGUGUGCAUUUCAACUGUGCAAGAGUUAUUUGUUUACAUGUAUGCAAUAUUGUAUAUUCAUUUAUUUUGAUUAAUUAUCCAGUGUGUGGAAGAUACCAUAAAUGAAGCUUUUUGCAGCAGGCUGUAUUUGGGAGUUGCUUUGACACAAAGAAAGGAAAGAAACAUAAUUAAGGGCCAUUGCUGGCUGAUUAAAAUUGGUUCAUUACUGCCUGUGGAUUAGCGCCAGUGGACUAUUGGAUUUCUCCCUUUCAGCUGGCGGCUAAAUUGAUUUAAAUGUUCGUCCUCAGUGUGAAUUAUAUGAAGGGCUUCUAAUAAAUCUAGAAAUAAGCAGCACAUUAAUGGAGAAAAGGAACAUUUAGUGUAGAACUUUCGUGAAACAAAGAAGCCCAUUAACAUGGCGACAUGUUUACUUCAUCAGGAGACGCAAAUAGAGAGGAGCUUUGUGCCGCCUCACAAAGCUCCUCUCAAGGUAUGCAGCAGGAGAGACUCCAUGUUUUAACUAUGGGGGGCCAAAGUAGACAUCUCAACGCUUGUCAGCAACCACACAUCAACGCUGUUGCUGAGAAAACGCAGCAGUCUCAUGUUAUAAAUUCAGUAUUACUGUUAAAAGUAACACAAAAAUAAUUUAUCCGAUGGUAAUUUUUUACAAGUGUUUUUAUGCCAAAAAACACCACAAAAAAUUUGAGAUAAUUUUUUUUUUAAUUAAUCAUAUUGAACUGAAUAUAAGACGGGAUUUGCCAAGAAAAAGUAUGAAUUCUCCCCAAGCGAAUCAGAAUUUUCCUUCCUGUCACUCACAACGCCAGUGACGGCAGAAAAUUAAGGUUUCUCUUAAAAAGCGAGUCUUUGGGUACAAUUGCGGUAUUCUUGACAAAGAAGCCCAACAUUUAGAAAAGAAUGGAGGAGAAACCGUAGCACCAAAAUUAAAUGCAGUGGAACCUCGAUUUACAAACCCCUUUUUGGGAAUUGUUUUCGAUUUACGAACCAUAAGAUCGAGUCUCUGUGUACGAACACUUUAUUCAUUCAUUCAGUGUCCCGCUGGCAGCCAUUGUGUGCCGCAGGACGGAGCCAUUCUGAGGAGGCGGCGCCUUCCACAUCACUUGCUGUGCAGUAGAGUACACUAUUCAUCACUACUAAGUGCUUUAACUUGUGUACCUUUUUUGUUUUUUGUCUUUUGACAAGUUUUUUCCUUUUUGCUAACUCAAUACGAGUCCUAAAAAGCCCGCAGACCAGCAUGGAAAGGAGGAGGGAAUCACUGUGGAGUUAAAAAAAAAGAAGAAAAAAAAGAAACAUCUGAUAUUAUUUUACACAGAACUCCAAAAAUGGACUGGACAAAAUUAUUGGCACCUUUUAAAAAUUGUAAGAAAUAGUUGUAUUCUCAGCAUGUGAUGCUCCUUUAAUUAGUAAUUAAACUCAACUGUAGCAAGUAACAGGUGCUGGUAAUAUAGAAAUCACACUUGCAGCCAGUUAAAAUGGAGAACAAUUGACACAUGGAGGAAAGAAAGAAGAGGAAAGAAAGAAGAGCAAAUACAACUCUCAGAAGUUCGAGAACCAAGAUUGUGGAAACGCAUGGACAAUCUCAAGGCUACCAGUCCAUCUCCAGAGAUCUAAAUGUUCCAAUGUCUUCAAGAAGUUUAAAGCCCAUGGCACUGUAGCUAACCUCCCUGGACGUGGACGGAAGAAAAAAAUUGAUGAAAGACUUCAACGAAGGAUUGUUAGAACUGUGGAUAAAGAACCUUGAUCCACUUCCAAACAAAUUCAAGCUGACCUGCAGACACAGUGUCAGCUCGCACUAUCUGUCGCCAUCUCAAUGAAAAAGGACGCUAUGGUAGGAGACCCAGGAGGACCCCGCUGCUGACAGAGACAUAAAAAAGUAAGACCGGAGUUUGCAAAAACUUACCUGAGGAAGCCUUCUGAGAGAACGUCCUGUGGACAGAUGGGACUAAAGUGGAGCUUUUUGGUAAAGCACAUCAUCACACUGUUUACAGAAAACAAAAUGAGGCCUUCGAAGAAAAGAGCACUAUUCCUACAGUCAAACAUGGUGGAGGUUCACUGAUGUUUUGGGGUUGCUUUGUUGCUUCUGGUACCAAAUGCCUUGACUGUGUGUAUGGCAUCAUGAAAUCUGAGGACUACUAAAAAAUGUUGGAGCAUAAUGUAGCACCCUGUGUCAGAAAGCUGGGUCUCUGUCAGAGGUCAUGGGUCUUCCAGCAGGACAACGACCCAAAAAGCACACAAAAUGGCUUAAGACAAAGCUUUGGAGAGUUCUGAAGUGGCCAUCAAUGAGUCCAGAUCUAAAUCCUAUAGAAGAUCUGUGAAGAACUCUAAAAACAGCAGUUUGGAGAAGGCACCCUUCAAAUCUGAGAGACCUGAAGCCGUUUGCAAAAGAAGAGUGGUCCAAAAUUGUAAGAAACUCAUUGAUGGUUACAGGAAGUGAUUCAUUUCAGUUACUUUUCUAUUUAGGAACCCUGUUCAAGAAGCAAUUAGGUUUGUGUCGAGGUUCUACUGUACACCGUCCUGUUCUAUGGUUAUCACAUUUUUUCAAAACAUACUUGUAGAAUUAAUUUCUUGACAUUGUCUGUACCGUAAUGUUUUCAUGUCACAAGUAGUAACAUAUAAAACGUGGCCCUUGGCAAACAUGCAUCAAUACUACAUAAGUGUGUCAGUUUUAGUGCUUAUGUGGUACGUUAGAACAGAACAGCGACAGGUCUUAGAGACUCUUGUUUGUUUCCCAUAAUUAAACUAUAGUACGAUUUCCCAUUUUUGCUUUCUUCAUAAAUCAUCAGAAAAGUAGCUUUCUGCUUGACCACAAAAAAGAGGAAUGCAAGCGCCCAGCCAACCACUCUGGUUAGCUCUGAUUGAACAUGAGCAACAAAAAUGUUCAAUUUAUGUUGUGUUAAUUACAACCAAGCGAGCCUUACAUUCUCUCAGAACGUGUUCUCACCACUAGCCUUUCUUACAUUAUAUAUGUAUUAAUGUAUUAAAAAGUUUUUUAUGAAAUAUUAAACAUUUACUGGGUUUUUUUCCCCUUUUAAACGCUGUGGAAGUAAGUUAAAACAUAGGAAAACAGUUUAAAAAUGAGGAAGUGACCCAGGAAGUCCAAUGCAGGAGGAAAAAAUACAGCAUCAAAACAAGAAUAAGACGGAAUAUGAUUAGAAAAGCUUCUUGGAAGCAGCAGGUGGGAAGUAAGCAUACUCCAUCCAUAUAGUACAUACUGUACUAUAUAUUGUACUGUGGAUACUGUAAAUGCUUUUGUUUACAAUAUAACAACAGUUAUUGCUUAUUCAGAUGUAGUGAUAGUGUAGGUGUCCAUCAAUGACCAAUGACUUACUUUCAUUUUGGUAUGAUAAUAGAUGCAUGGACAGAUAUGUAAAAGUGGAUGUGAAAUAACCGGCUAACUGAAUGUCACAUUAGCGAUGGGUGAGCAACUACAGGAGAUACCAGUUCUCGGUGGGGCGGUUGGAAGAUAGAAGAAUAUUAAUAGGCUCACACUGGGACUGUUAUUGCUUUUUCUUUUUCCACUGCAGGUGCCCAGAGUCCAUCAUGUGCUCAAACAGGGAGCCAUUAAAAUGAUCAUUGAAGUAAGGCUAAAUUAUUGACUUGAUGUUGUUUUUUUUAAUCACAUAAGCAAUUUUACUAAUAUGAUGAGUUGCGUGGGCUUAAACAGGCGGCUUGUGUCCCUAUGUGUUUAAGUGUUCCCCAGUGGACUUUAUUUUGUGGGAUGUUUUGUAUUAAAACUAAUUCAUAGGAAAUAAAUUGUGCAUAACAAUCGCAACAUACAUUUGUAAACCUUCCUAAAAAAUUUAAAAAAUUUAAAAAAAGCUCAGAUCGGGCAUCUGCGUGGCUCGGUUAGUAGAGGGGCCGUGCUAGCAACUUAAGGGUUCCAAGUUUGAUUAUUGCUUCCGCUAUCCAAGUCACUGCUGUUGUGUCCUUGGGCAAGACACUUCACCCACCUGCUGCCAGUGCCUACCACACUGGUUUAAAUGUGGCUUAUAGAUGUAAAUAAUGGGUUUCACUAUGUAAAGAGCUUUGAGUCUUUAGAGAAAAAAGUGUUGUAUAUAUAUUAAUCACUUCACUAAUGGGCUUCUUCACACAAAACGGGCCCACCAAAUCACCAAUGGAACCCGAGGCAUUGCGUUUAGGGACGGGCGGCCAUGGUUAUUUCGGGGAAAGGUUCGCUUCAAUGCCAAAGUUGGAGGGGAGCAAUUGAGAGGAACCACUCAAACCCGUGCGGUGUUAUUGGACGUCUGUGCAUAAGCAUGUCCAUUAGUGCAGUGGUCCCCAACCUUUUUGGAAGCGCGGACUGGUCAACACUUGAAAAUUUGUCCCACGGACCGGGAGGGGGGGGGAUUUUUUUUUUUUUGUCAUAAAAAAAUACAAUCAUGUGUGCUUACGGACUGUAUCCCUGCAGACUGUAUUGAUCUAUAUUGAUAUAUAAUGGGGCAGCACGGUGGCAGAGGUGUUAGUGCGUCUGCCUCACAAUACGAAGGUCCUGAGUAGUCCUGGGUUCAAUCCCGGGCUCAGGAUCUUUCUGUGUGGAGUUUGCAUGUUCUCCCUGUGACUGCGUGGGUUCCCUCCGGGUACUCCGGCUUCCUCCCACCUCCAAAGACAUGCACCUGGGGAUAGGUUGAUUGGCAACACUAAAUUGGCCGUAGUGUGUGAAUGUGAGUGUGAAUGUUGUCUGUCUAUCUGUGUUGGCCCUGCGAUGAGGUGGCGACUUGUCCAGGGUGUACCCCGCCUUCCGCCCGAUUGUAGCUGUGAUAGGCUCCAGCGCCCCCCGCGACCCCGAAGGGAAUAAGCGGUAGAAAAUGGAUGGAUGGAUGAUAUAUAAUGUAGGUGCACUAAUUGUAAGUGUGUCUUGUGUUUCUUUAGUUGAUUUAAUUUAAAAAAAAUAAAAUAAAAAAUAAAAAAAAAAAUAUAUUUUUUAUUUUUUAUUUCUUGUGCGGCCCGGUACCAAUCGAUCCGCGGCCCGCCCGGUGGUUGGGGACCACUGCAUUAGUGUACUACUUCAACCAUAAUGAAGUCUCUUCCAGAUUGCUGCAGUGACGAGUAUGACCGAAAGUCACCACAGGUGCAAUAUGUUUUUAGGGCUGUCAAAGUAACGCGUUAACUCGUGUGAUUAAUCAGAAAAAAAUAUCACAUUAAUCAUGCAAUUUAUUUUGAGCGUACAAACUUUUUUUUACCUUCACCGCUAUUUGGGCAGUGAUCAGAUGAAUGCAUAUGUCAGCAUAAAAAUGAAUGAGGAGACUCCAACUGGUAUGCUCGCUAGCAAAUUUCACUCCAAAAUCCAGCCUGAAAGAACUUUACAUAAAAAGUCUUGUGAUAAUAAAUGACAUGCUUUCAAGUAAAACGUUUAAAAAUAUUCCUGGAGGAAGUUCUGGCACUAAAAUUGCAUUUGCGUCCAAAAUGGGGUAUUUUCUUAAGGUAAUUUUAAUUAUACAAGCAAGUAAUUACCUGUUAUCCAAAUUACAAAAUGUGAGAAGUCAACAGGUGUCGUCAAUCCUAAUCACUCACAUGAAGUUAAGAGGCUGUGCCAUGAAGCUAAUUUGAUUUGAUUGUAACUUUUUUACAUCACCAAAAUAGAUAAUGUAUGUUGAUGUGUGUAUACUUUUGACCCAGCAGAUUUGGUCACAUUUUCAGUAGACCCAUAAUAAAUUGAUAAAAGAACCAAACUUCAUGAAUGUUUUUUGUGACAAUCAAGUAUGUACUCCAAUCAAUCUAUCACAAAAAAAUAAGAGUUGUAGAAAUUAUUGGAAACUCAAGUGUAUAUAUAUAAGAGCUGAAACGAUUCUUCGAGUAAUUCGAUUACAAAAUAUAUUCGAGGAAUAUUCGCUGCCUCGAGGCGGCGUUUUUUGGGUUUUUUUUACGGCAUUUUGCCUUGUUUAGUAGUCAAAGCUCACAUUUCGCACGGACUGUUUAGGUAUUACACAGCGUGUUUACGUCAGAUCAUACGCCCCCUGCACUGCACAACACCGCACCUUUAAAUACCCUUGAGUUUAGUAAACUUUUUCGGCGAAUAUAACUCGCAAUGGCAGACGCCGCAGUAAGCAGGGGACAAGAGCCAUAGUAAAACGAGGGAAUUAAGAAGCGACAAUUGUGGUCUAAGGUGUGGGAACACUUCACACUAAAAUGGAAGGAAAACGCAGUAGUAUGCAAACAUUGCUAAGUGGCGCUCGCAUAGCACAAUAGCACAACUUUGAUGCUGCAGCACCUGUCGAGAAAGCAUCCGAUUGAGGGAAGUCCAGAGGCGAGGUAAGUCAUCUGUUAUCAAAUGUAAACGCAAAAGUUGUGUUAGUAAAAUAAAUGUUAUUCAUUAUGAUAACCAGGAUGUGCUCUCGAAUGUAAAGCGGCACUUCGACACACGCCAUGCUACCUUUGCAUCAAAAUACCCUGCGGGAGACAGCAGGAAGAAAGCGUGCCAAGAGCUACUGAGCAGGGUGCAAGCUAGCCAGCAUCAACUCCGCGUAUGGACCCGCCAAGGGUCCAUACGUCCAACCUACGGUCACGUUUAACGGAUGAAAGCCUCAACGCCUGCAUGAAGCUUAACCUCACCAAGUACCAACCAGACUACAAAGCCAUCAGCAAAUCCAUGCAGCACCAGAAGUCGCAUUAAUGGGAUACUUGCAAGUGGAGGACGUGCUGCGUUCAGGGCACAGUGCUAGCGACAUGACAGCACACAGACUAAGUAGUGCGUGAUCGAAGGCAACAAAAAAAAAGUUUCUGAUAGAGACACAGCUGGUUCCAUGCCCGCGUCCUGCCUGCCAGGCUGC